AUGGCGACCGGGCUCUUCGCAUCGCUGCCGCAGCCCAAAUACACUGGCGAGCACGAAGAAGUUCCUUCGCACGCACGACCCUCUGGACCGCGGAUAGUUGGACGGGGCGCCAUAGAUGAGUCUCAGAUUGUCCUCCGCAAAACUGGACCCCCUCCAUACGGACAGCGAUCAGGAUGGCGACCACGAUCACAAGAAGACUUCGGCGAUGGCGGCUCCUUUCCGGAAGUGCCUGUGGCACAAUAUCCGCUCGAUAUGGGGAAGAAGGGCACUAAUAAGACGUCGAAUGCGCUGGCACUGCAGGUUGAUGCCGAGGGCAAGGUCAAAUACGACGCGAUCGCGAGACAAGGGCAUGGCGAUGACAGGAUCAUACAUUCCAGCUUUAAGGAUCUUAUACCAUUACGACAACAAGCGAACGCAGGCGACAUCAGCUUAGACAGACCCACCGAGGACGAAGUGGCGGAUACGACCGAGCGAACGAAAGCUGCGCUUGAGAAACUGGUGUCUGGUGCAGUAGCGGCUCAGAAACCGAAGAAUGUCAAGGGAGGCAAGCGAGACGAUCCUACCUUUGUGCGCUACACGCCCGCCAACCAGAUGGGAGAUACCUCGAAGAAGAAUGAUCGCAUUUUCAAAAUCGUACAGAAACAAGAGGACCCGAUGGAACCGCCGAAGUUCAAGCACAAGAAAAUUCCCCGUGGCCCGCCAUCUCCGCCGCCGCCUGUUAUGCACAGUCCUCCCAGAAAGUUGACUGCCGAAGACCAGGAGGCCUGGAAGAUCCCACCACCCGUCAGUAAUUGGAAAAACCCGAAGGGCUAUACUGUGCCAUUGGACAAGAGACUGGCUGCCGAUGGACGAGCGCUCCAGGAUGUCACAAUCAACGACAAGUUUGCACAAUUUGCCGAAGCGCUGUUUACUGCUGACCGACAUGCACGAGAAGAGGUUCGAUCACGCGCCCAGAUGCAACAGAAGCUUGCCGAGAGGGAGAAGAUGCAGAAGGAAGACCACCUGCGUGAAUUAGCACGCAAGGCUCGCGAAGAACGUCAAGGCUCGUCUCGACGCGAUUCUGAUUCUCGGCGCCGCUCAAGGUCACGUUCUGACUCAGCUUCGUCCUAUGAUUCCCGCUCCGGCUCUGACUUUGAGGGCGGCGCUGUCCGCGAUCGUGAGCGCGCUCGCCGCGAGAAGCGUGAUGAAGACCAGCGCAAGCUCCGGCAAUCGCGUAUGGGUGCAGAAAAACGCAUGCAGCAGAUGGCUCGAGAGCAGAACCGAGACAUUUCCGAGAAGGUUGCACUGGGACUGGCGAAACCGACGCAGAACAAGGAAACGAUGUAUGAUUCGAGAUUAUUCAACCAGUCCUCCGGCUUCGAUAGCGGAUUCAACGAGGAUCAGCAUUACGACAAGCCGCUGUUUGCUGCACAGGAGGCCGCGAACCGCAUCUACAGGCCGACGCUCAACCAGGAUGAUGCAGACGAAGAAGGCGCCGGCGAGCGGGAGAUGGACCGCAUUGGUAAAUCCAAUCGCUUCGACGUCCUCGGCAAGGCGAAGCAGGGAUUCAAAGGGGCCGAGGUGCAGGCAGAAAGAGAGGCUGGGCCGGUCAUGUUUGAGCGUGACAAGGACGAUCCGUUCGGUAUUGACGGGUUGAUCGGCGAAGCCAAGGAGAAAGUAGAGAAAGAGGGCAGUGCUGGGAAGAAAAGAUAUGGGCUGGAGAGAGCGGACGAGGGCAGAGAUGGAGAGAGGGACCGGAAGCGGGCGCGGGUUGAAGAGGACGAUGACUGA